AUGGACUGGAUAGGCAUGCUACUCUUCCUAACUGGAAGCACUCUGUUCGCACUACCGCUAAGCUGGGCUGGAAACAUGUACCCAUGGGGCUCAUGGCGAACCAUCCUCCCCCUGGUGAUCGGGGCAAUGACUCUACUCAUCUUCACGCUCUACGAAGCCCGUCCAGCAGAGCCCAUCUUCCCUUACCGGAUCUUCCGUUCACAAACGGCCCAAAUGGCUCUCAUUGGAAGCUUCAUCCACGGCAUGGUGCUCUACACACUCCUAACCUACCUCCCGUUAUUCUUCCAAACCGUACACCUCGAGACACCGCUGGAAUCAGCCAUCUCCAUCCUCCCCUUCUGCUGCGUCCUCAUGGCCUUCACAGGCAUCGCAGCCUGGACAGUCGACUACUUCCGACACUACCGCUGGGAAGUCUGGACAGAGUGGAUCUUCCUCGCGCCGUCCAAGUCAUCGCGGGUACCCGGCAUCGGGACUAUCUUCACGGUCCCGCCUAUCCCAAUGCAGGCGAGUGCGCCGACGGCAGAAGACUAG